ACAACUUACAUCCGCCGUGCAUCCGCUUUCUCGGGAAAAUAUGUGUAUGUUCCCAAGCCGAACGGUAGAUAUAACUUGGUACGACCUCUCACAUGAAAUCUGGAAUGGGCCUUCCGUCUCCGCGUCUGCAAGUUGCCAGUGUAUCACGACUUGUGAACCCCAACCAAAAUGCCAAGCAACGCCCCCGUCGAAGGAUCGAACGCCUCCGACAGCAAUCAGAAGCCAAAACCACACGUUUUGAUCAUUGGCGCCGGCAUUUCUGGUCUUCUCCUCGCUCAAUCUCUCCAGCUCCAUUCGAUCCCCUUCACCAUCUUCGACCGCGAGCCAAGUCCAACGGCUCGAGACAAAAAGGAAAAUCUGGGUUGGGGCUUGACCAUUCACUGGUCCCUGUCUGCUCUCCGCUCUCUCCUGCCUGAGGAACUGGUGCGGCGACUGCCGGAGACGUACGUCGAUAGAAAAGCCGUUGAAGAUGGCCGAACGGGAACUUUCCCCUUUCAUGAUUUGAGCACAGGGGAAUUGAAGGCUUCUGUGCCAGAGGUGGGAGAGAACAGCAGGGUGAGGGUUGAGAGGAGAAGAUUGAGGGAGUUGCUCGGAGUGGGUGUCGAGGUGAAGUGGGAUAAGAGCGUCACCCAAGUCGAUAACCGAGAGGACUCUGUCACCGUGACAUUUGACGAUGGGACAUCAACCUCAGGGAGUCUUCUCGUGGCUUGCGAUGGUGCCAACUCAGUGAUUCGCCGUGCUUUGUUCCCGGAGGAGCAGUAUCCGAGGUACCGAAUUCCAGUGAGAGUGAUGGGUGUCAGACUCGACUGCUCAAAGGAAGAUAUCGAGCCGGUAAGGACGCUUGAUCCGUUUUUCUUGCAAGGGAGUUGUCCUGCGACGAGGCUGUAUGUUUACAUCAGCGUCCUCGAUGCGCCCGGGAACAACCCCGAUAAGCGGACGGAUAAGUAUACUGUCCAGGUUGUCGUCUCGUGGCCCAUCCGCAGCGGCGUGCUUGGGCAAUCGUCACCCGUCCCGGUUCCUGAUACCAAUGAUGAGAAACUCGGGCUUCUCAAGACGUUUGCUGAAUCAUGGAGCGAGCCCUUCAAAUCACUCGUCUGUAAUGCUCCUGGAGACACCGAAGUAAAGCGACUUGACCUGUCGGACUGGGCACCGCCAAAGGGUCUGCGAAGUACAGGCCGAGUGACGCUUGUGGGAGAUGCCUUGCAUCCUAUGGCCAUGUACCGUGGUGAGGGGGCGAACCACGCCAUCUUCGACGUCCUGGAAUUUGCUCAACAGGUACUUCCGCACCUAGAAGACACGACUGCGGAGUUGCGGAAUGCCAUUGACAGGUACGAGGACUUGGUGGUUGCCAGAGCGCGUCCGGCGGUGUUUGCUUCCCGACAAGCGUGUAUUGAUGCGCACUGGUGGGAACGGAUUAGCCGCAACAGUCCUCUAUUGAGCAGACGAACUCCCAAUGUGGAAUUCGAGGAAGAAGAUGUUUGUAUAUGGUCCGACGGAGUAGCGACGGCGAAGAGUUCAUGUUGAAGCUCCAAUUACCCGCGGGGAGAAGAAAAGGGAGGUUUGGGAGGGGUUUGGGAGGGGUUUGGAAGCGUGAUGCUCACAGCAAGUCUCGGGCAGAGGGGAGAAAGAAAGAUAACCCUUUUCCAUCACCCAGUCACAGCAAAUGGAGAAGAUAAUUCUGCGGUUUUCGUCCAUUGGAUAGGUUUCGUGCCCUAACGCAUCGCAUCGUUCUUGCCAUCUUUCAUCCUUAAAGUUGCUCCUUCCC